AUGCCUAAGCUAAAACCAUGUGGAUGUGGCGGCACCAGGAACAGCAGGAUUAUACGUUUAACUAACGUGAUUACAGAAGCUGAUUUCGACUACGGCGAUGAAGACUACGAAGAUUGGUUGAUUGAUAUGAGAAACGACGGUAAGCGAUAUGGUGAAUUGUUGAAAGUUGUGAUCCCGCGACCAAAACCAGAUCAUCAUCUGACACCGACACCAGGAGUUGGUAAGAUUUUCUUCGAGUAUGCGGAUUCCGAUGCAGCAUCAAGGGCUAGAUCGGCCUUUCAUGAAAGGCCAUUUGAACUAAAGAUUGUGGUGGCUGAGUACUAUCCUGAAAACAUGUAUGCACAGGGCCGGAUGCCUGAAUUUGCUGGAUAA